UGGUCCAGUAACUACAAGUGGGCAGAUUGUCUACGUGUAAAUGUGGCCUCCCUCCUUCUCUGUGGCAUCUCUGUGGCCAUCAUUCCCCUAGGACGGGACAGCUACAAUUGUGUCGUUGUCGCCGGUUGCGCCUUCGCUGUGGUUGUCUCGCUCAAGAGUAUCCUUGUGGUUGAGCUCUUCGGGUUGGAUCGCCUGACAAAUGCUUUUGGACACAUGUUGUUGCUGCAGGGACUCUCCAGUAUCAUUGCUGCGCCUCUUGGUGGUAAUUUAACUUAUUUUUACUGA